ACCUCAUUAGGCGACAGUCGACUUUGGUCAAACAUCGACUUGACGACGGCGUCUCGUCUCUGAGACUUCACUUCACCAAAAUGGCAGUUUUCUUCACAGCCUUGAGCUGGACCGUUGUGUUCCUCCUCUCUCUGGUUUUCAUAUCGUUCCUCGGUUACUGCCUGUACCUGAAACACCUUCAUAUGAAGUAUGACCACAUCCCUGGGCCGCCGAGAGACAAUUUCCUGCUCGGACACUCACAAACAGUUAUGAGAAUAAUGAAAAAUGGCGGAGUCGUUCACGACAAGUUCCUGGAGUGGGCGGAGAAUCACAGACCUGUUUGCAGGCUGAAUUUCCUGCAUUAUGUUGUACUCAUUGUGACCUGCCCAGAGACAACCAAGGAGGUCCUGAUGUCCCCAAAGUGUCCCAAAGAUAGUUUCUACAAGAAACUCUUCAGCAUGUUUGGUCAAAGGUUCCUAGGUAAUGGCCUGGUAACAGCUCAGGACCAUGAGCAGUGGCAUAAACAGCGUCGGAUCAUGGACCCUGCAUUCAGCAGCCUGUAUUUGAGAGGUCUAAUGGGCACCUUCAAUGAGAGGGCAGAGAAACUGAUGACUAAACUUACAGAUAUUGCUGAUAGCAAAACAGAGGCCCACAUGCUGCGUCUGGUCAACUUUGUUACCCUUGAUGUUAUUGCUAAGGUUGCUUUCGGUGUGGAUUUGGACCAGCUGAAGGAUAGUUCAGUUUUCCCAAAAGCCAUCGAAACGUGUUUGAAAGGGAUGGUGUACAUGGCCAGAGACCACUUUUUUGAGUACAACCCAAUGAACCGACCAUUCAUAAAGGAAGUGAGGGACGCUUGCUGCCUGCUGCGCACAACUGGAGCUCAGUGGAUUCAAAACAGAAAGACUGCCAUGCAAAACGGCGAAGACGUCCCCAAGGACAUCCUCACACAGAUCAUCAAAACAGCUGGAAAAGAGGAAAACGUGACUGAAGAAGAUGAAGAGUUGAUGCUGGACAAUUUUGUGACAUUUUUCAUUGCAGGUCAAGAAACAACAGCUAACCAACUGGCCUUUUGCAUCAUGGAACUUACAAGACAUCCUGAAAUACUGGAGAAAGUGAAGAACGAGGUGGAUGAUGUCAUUGGAAUGAAACAGGAGAUCAGUUAUGACGAUCUGGGGAAACUGGUCUACCUCUCACAGGUGCUGAAAGAGACUCUGAGGAUCUACCCGACAGCUCCAGGCACAACUCGUGAUCUAUUCAAAGACAUUGUCAUUGACGGUAUCCACAUACCUGUCGGAGUCACGUGUUUUUUUAACAGCUACGUGACUGGGAGGAUGGAUAAAUUCUUCAAGGACCCGCUGACAUUUGAUCCAGACAGAUUUCACCCAGAUGCUCCCAAGCCUUAUUUCUGCUACUACCCCUUCGCCCUCGGCCCACGCUCAUGCCUGGGACAGAACUUCGCUCAGAUGGAGGCAAAAGUGGUGAUGGCCAAGCUGCUCCAGAGGUUUGACUUCAGUCUGGUGCCGGGACAGACCUUUGACAUCGAGGACACUGGCACGGUGCCGGGACAGACCUUUGACAUCGAGGACACUGGCACGCUCAGGCCGAAGAGCGGGGUGGUGUGCUCCGUCAGACACAGGAAUCACAAGAAAUAAAUGAUCAUAAAACAUAAGAAGAAACCAUAAAAGUCAGUGUGGUGAAAUUGGGUUGUUGGGUCGCUUAAAAUAUCUAACUGCCUGCAGCUUUGCUCUUCUGCCUCAGCCAAAACCCUCACAAGCUGUAGAGUUGUUUUAUAACCUUUACUGUCAUUUUUGUUCUCUUUGUAAAGAAAAUAGCAUCAGCUGUGUUUGUUUUGAAGACAUAGACUGUAUAUUCACAUGCAGUUAUAAUGAUGAUUUUUAUUACCUAACAGUAAGGGUAUGGUAAAACACACUUUUGAGUAGAUUACAGUAUCAUUACCACUUUAACUUGCUGGAAAUAACCUGUUUUAUCUGUGUAACUUUUGCACUUUAAUAAACUGAUGAUUAUUUUAAUAUGA